AUGAACGAUAACUACCGUAGAAGACUCUCAUACGCCACUGUUGCGUCUGGCGCCUCACCUCAGCCAGUCCCCCGAUCUGGUCACCUGGGACAUCUGGCAUCGACCACAUCCGAUAACUCCUCCUACCCUCCGCAGUACCAGUCAGAGUCCCGAAGUGCACGGCGGCAGUCCAAUUAUGAGCAAGACAUGUCCUCCCCUGGCGUGAGCUACCACAAGAGACCAUCAUACCCAGCAUACUCUCGUCGGUUUAACAAUCCGCCCGGCAUGAGCGCUCCUAUACCGGGCUACGGGCCCAUGCUAGAGCCGGACUACCUACGCGAAUCAAGAUAUGUAGCGAAGUUAAAGGCUGAACAGACUGCAAGAGUCAGGAGGGAGAGACAGUCAGCUACAGGAGCUACCUCGAAUCCCGCCUCACUGUCAUCGAGCGCGGCAAACAACAAUCUCCCACGGAUAGCACCAUCACACCGAGGUAUGACCUACGAUGUGAUAGAAAGCAAUCCGCCCAAAGACGAAGACGAUUUGAUGCCUCUGCCCUCGAGAUGGAGUGAUCAAGACAAGUACCCUGGCCUCGACAUCAGCAACAAUGGACUUGAUGUCAGAUAUAGCGGUGCUGCGAGCAAGGCCGACAUAGAGGCUGCCUCCGUCCGAGCAGACUUCCCGAUGACCCCAGCUUGCGGCAUGUACUAUUUCGAAGUCACCAUAAACAGCAAGAGCAAGGACAGUGCCAUUGCCAUUGGUUUCUCGACCGCAGAAGCCUCCCUCGAACGUUUGCCAGGAUGGGAAACGCACUCAUGGGGCUAUCACGGCGAUGACGGUAAAGUCUUCUCGGGUGAGCACUCCGGGAGGUCCUACGGCCCGAUGUUCUCAGCAAACGAUGUUGUUGGUUGUGGUUUCGACUUUAAGCUCGGUCAAGCAUUCUUCACAAUCAAUGGCAGAGACCUGGAUGUUUGCUUUAGAGACUUGAGGAAUCUCCGUCCGUUUCCGACAAUCGGCAUGAAGAAAUACAGCGGUGCUUCUGUGAGCGUCAACUUCGGGCAGCGGCCCUUUGUGUUUGAUAUACGGGAAAAGAUGGCGGUCGCGAAGGACACCGUGACCGAGGAGAUCAGCAAGGUGAAGACAGCAUCACUGAGUCCGGGGCACAACGAGACGAGUUUGAUUCAGGCGCUCGUUGCGCAGUAUCUGGCUCAUGACGGCUAUGUUGAUACAGCACGAUUCUUCAAUGAGGAGCUUGCGCGCGAGAGGAAUGCGCUGAGUGGAGCACCAUCAAUACCAAGUGCUGUGGCUGGGCCAGCGGAGGACGAUGAAGCUGUGUACAGGCAGAAAAUCAGAAAAGCAGUCCUCGAAGGCAACAUCGACCAAGCCCUAACACUCACCGAAGAGAAAUUCCCCAAACUACUCACCGACAAUCCACAGAUUCUCUUCCGCCUUAAGUGCCGUAAAUGGAUCGAGCUGUUUAGCAAAGCCGCCGACCUCAAGGCACAGACCGAGUUCAAGCAGAAACAAAAAGCCCCCAGCAACGGUCACGGCAACGGAGAGUCGGCCGUAGAAGACGACUUUGCUCAAGACAUGGAUCUGGACGAACAGACCAACGGCAACUCUGCGCCCCAGUCGACUCUAGAAAGUAGCAGCAGCAGCAGCCAGUACGACGAACUCCUCGCCGAUGCUAUGCUCUUCGGCCAAGAGCUGCAGCGCGAUUACCGUGGCGAGCCGGACGAUGAACACAACAAGACUUUGCAGGACAUCUUUAGUCUGGUGGCGUACGAGAAUCCGCGGGAUAGCGUGCAUGGCAGUCUCCUGGAUCGCAAGGGCAGGGUUGCUGUGGGUGAGGAGUUGAAUUCGGCUAUUUUGGUAUUCCUAGGCCUCUCCCCAUCCGCCGCCCUCGAGCGCGUUUACAAACAGACCGAGGUCCUGAUCGACACUUUGAGUCAGGACGGCGGCUCAGCAGCCUUUGUCAACCUCCAGCGCGAUCUCCACCGGGAUGAAUUUGGAAGAGGCUCGGAAUAG